AUGCCGCCUAUCAGUCCCGCAAUCCUUUCCAAUGUCUCGGGUUAUAUGAGCAUUGCCCUCUGGGUCGUGGUAUACAGCCCUCAAAUAUGGGAAAACUACUGCCUAUCCAGUGGAGAAGGCUUAUCAGUGCCCUUCAUCGUCCUCUGGCUUUUGGGUGAUUUGACAAACCUCUGGGGAGCAUGCCUGGCUGGAUUGUUGCCGACAGUGAUCAUCCUUGCGGUCUACUAUACCAUCAGCGACGUCAUUUUGCUGCUCCAGGUGUACUAUUACCGUCGCUUCCCCUCAGCCCAAGCCCAUGCGCACAUCUCCCCCUCCGACGAGUCUACCCCGCUUUUGCCCGAACCCCGCCAACCGAAGCCCCUCCUCCCCCCUUCCCUCGAGUACCCUGCUCUCCUUGCGUUCGUGCUCUUGUCUGGCGCGGGAGCGUGGUAUCUGACCGACAAGGAUGAAGUCCACGUGCCAGUUGAGCCUGAUGUGACGUUGGAGUGGAAGAGUCAGACUUUGGGGUGGUUGAGUGCUGUCCUGUACUUGGGUAGCCGUAUUCCUCAGAUCGUGCACAAUUACAAGACGAGAUGUGCCGGCCUGUCCCUCGCCAUGUUCUUCUUUGCCAUUUCUGGCAACAUCACCUACGUCCUCUCCAUCCUUCUCAAGUCACUCAACCCUCGAUGGAUUCUCGCCAACUUGCCUUGGCUCGCUGGGUCCGGUCUCACAGUUUUCCUCGACUUGUUCGUCCUUGGGCAGUUUGCUGUGUUUAGCUGGCAGGACAAGCAGAAGGAGAAGGUCUUUGUGGAAGAAGCCGAAGAAGAGGAGGAGGAGCAAGUCUAG